GCGCAGAGGAGCGACAGCAGCAGCACUGGAGAAGUUGCGCACCGACAGCUACUGGACUAUUAUCACUGCUGCUUUACUAACACCGACAUGCAAGUUGAUAUCUCCCAGUGGAACGGGCCGCUGGCUCUUCACGAGGUGGAUGAACAGCCUAAACACCCUCUGAAAGUGACUUUUGGAUCUGUGUGUGUGGAGGAGCUGGGCCAAGUGCUGACACCCACCCAGGUUCAGCACUGCCCAAGCAUUGAGUGGGAGAGCAUGGACAGGAGCAAAUUAUAUACUGUGAUAUUCACAGAUCCUGAUGUUCCCAGCAGAAAAGAAUGUCAUCUCGGGGAAUGGCACCACUUUCUUGCAGUCAACGUGAAAGGAAAUGAUCUGAGUAGCGGCUGCAUUCUCACUGCUUACUUGGGAUCUGGUCCUGGUAAAGGAACAGGUCUGCACAGGUACACGAUUUUGGUGUAUGAGCAGCCGGGGCCGCUGCAAUGUAAUGAACGCAUUUUGGGUAACACUUCUGCUGACCAUCGAGAGAAAUUUAAAGCAUCGGAAUUUCGGAAGAAGUACAAGCUUGGAGCACCCAUUGCUGGCACCUGUUUCCAAGCUGAAUGGGAUGAUCAUGUCACUAAGCUCUACAAACAGUUGGGGGUGUAAUAGUGAACACAAAUGAUUAAACCUCUUUCCACAUUACACCUAUAUUUUAAUUUCACAAACAUUUUUUCAAACUUUCACAAAUUCUAUAUAUGUUUAAAGCUGCACAAUAAAAUCAUCUUGUUAUCAAAA